UUUUGCGCGUGAAAUUCAAGAGUAUUUCGAAAUUUUAUUCCUUAAUUUUGAUACAAAAAAACUUAAAUUCGAACACAAAAGGUUCUAGUACAUUAGAAUUUCAUCAUCAGAGGUAAUCUUAAAAGAAUUUSCUCCUAAAAAGGUUUGGCAGAAUUUGUCUUCGUCGAAUCAGCGAAUCAAGGAAUGCAAAUGGUGGGCAUAGAAGAUAUCAAGUCUCUACAUGAAGCAGGACUCUUUUCCAGUGCAAAAUUAUUGACAAGUUUCUCCAUGUCAGUCCAAGAGAAAGAUAACCAAGAUAAACAAGAUGUUACAAAUUUGACAACCAAGUCCAGUUUGAUGGUUUUGUUUGGGGAUUCGUUGUUUGAGGAUGAACAGUUUAGAAGAGCUGAGUAUUACUACAGCAAAGCCCUUCAAUGUAGAAAAGCUAUUAGUAAAACUAAAUCCAAGACAAGUACAUCACAGGGGUUGAUACUAGAAGUAGAGGUCAAGUACAAGGUGUACCAAUGUUACACCUGCCUUAAAGAGCAUAAAGAAGCUUUGGCUAUUCUUGAAGGAGUUUCCCAAAAGCAAAGGACACCCAAAAUCAACAUGGCUCUUGCUAGUUUAUACCAUCGGCAAGGAAUGGAGAGAUCAGCGAUAUCAUGUUACAAAGAAGUCUUAAGGGUGUGCCCACUUGCACUCGAAGCUGCAACUGGACUACUUAAACUAGGGAUUACAGCUACUGAAGUCAUCUCUCUAGUCACCAAGAAUCAACAAUCCACAUCUGGGACAUUAGCAAACUCUGAUUGGUUAACAUCAUGGAUCAAAGCUCAAGCUCUUGAGGCAACAAGCAAGCAUACCAAGGCAGCUCAAUCUUUUAAAGCACUUGAACAACAGGUGUUACACGACAAUGUGGAGGUAUUAUGUAGCACAGCUGAAAACUACUACCAAGCUGGAGAUGUCAAGAAUUCUAAGGCAGUAUUCCAAAGGUGUCAUCUUCUUGAUCCUCACACACUACAAGGAAUGGACAUAUACUCGUAUCUGUUGGCUCAAGAUAACAGCAGUAAAGAACUGGAAAAGUUGGCCAAAGAUCUCAUACAGGUGACUCAACUGAAGGCUGAACCAUGGAUAGCUAUGGCACAUUUCUGUGAUCUAACCAAUCGCAAGCCAAGAGCUGUUUACUUUGCACAAAAGGCACACACGAUUGAUGUUCGUAAUGUACAAGCCCUCAUUCUAAAAGCCUCUCUUCUCCAAGCCCUCGGCAAGCAUCAAGAGGCUUUAAUACACUACAGAGAGGCUGUCAAACUAUCACCCACCAACAUUGAUGCAACAAAAGGUUUAGUAGAGUGUUACAUGACAGCAGACAGGAACAGAGAUGCUAUGGCUGUAGCUAAAAAUGCUCACAAGGCACUUGGAGCCACUGCACGAACGUUGACAGCAAAAACAAUGCUGGAAAAAGCAAUCAACCUCGAUCCAUCUUCAAAUGAUGCUGUGUGCCUGCUGGCAGAGGUGCAUGGAAAGAAGCAGGAAUACAGCAAAGCUAUAGAUUUAUUAAGAAAACAUCUUAUAAACCACCGAACUGCUCGUCUACACCAGUUAUUAGGAGAUUAUCUGGUCAUGACUAAUGAAUACCAGGAAGCACUUGAUCAAUACACCAAGUCACUAAGUUUGAACCCUGGUUACAGUAAGGCAAUCGAAGGAAUACAAAAUGUUGAGAAGCGAAAUGGAUCGGUGGACCUGGACAGUGAUGAUGAUGCGUUAGAUACGAAUAAUGCUGAGGUCAUUAGCCUAGAGGAGGAUGAUGCUGAAGAUGCUGCCUCAUGGACGUCUCAGGAUCUUCAAGGACCA